CCCCAUGCCUGGACCCCGGACUCUCCCAGCAUCACAAGUCUCUUUGUCCCACACUGUUCCAGCUCCAGUCAUGGCGCCGAAGAAAACCAAGAGGAGGGCGGAGGGAGCGAACUCCAACGUCUUCUCCAUGUUCGAGCAGACCCAGAUCCAGGAGUUCAAAGAGGCGUUCACCAUCAUGGACCAGAACAGGGACGGCUUCAUAGAUAAGAACGACCUGAGAGACACCUUCGCAGCUCUCGGCCGUGUGAACGUCAAGCAAGAGGAGAUCGACGAGAUGCUCAAGGAGGCUCCGGGGCCAAUCAACUUCACCGUCUUCCUCACCAUGUUUGGGGAGAAACUCAAGGGUGCUGACGCUGAGGAAACCAUAUUGAAUGCCUUUAAAGUCUUUGACCCAGAGGGCAAGGGGACCUUGAAAACAUCCUUUGUUUCUGAGAUGCUGACCACCCAGGCAGACCGGUUCUCUCCUGAAGAGUUGGAGCAGAUGUUUGCUGCCUUUCCCCCUGAUGUGGCGGGCAACCUGGACUACAACAACCUGGUCCACAUCAUCACACACGGCGAAGAGAAAGAUCAGGAAUGAACACAUCAUCAUCACACACACACACACGGCGAAGAGAAAGAUCAGGAAUGAACACAUUAUCACACA